GAAAACAUAACAAACAUUUUCUUUCCAAUAAAAGAUCUAGAUUUCAACAAUAUGAUUUUGCUUUUAGUGUAAACCGAAUAAUAGGAAAAGCAAAUCUCUUCUUCAAGAAAAUCCAACAAAAUGAAUGAAUCAUUUGAUAAGCUAUAAGAAUGAGAUCUAUUGACAUUGACUGCUUCGGAGAGAAGGUAGUAAUGUUGGUAAAACUUUUCGUUUUGUUUUGUGCCGUCUUCAUUUACGAAGCAAAAGUUCCUCUGAAGCAAAAUAAGUAUGAAGGACUUACCGUGCAUAUAAGAUCAGAUAUUGAUGAAUCUGAUGCUAAAAAUGUCAUCGAUAACCUUAAAUGGCUAUUAACGAAUAGCUCUGAAGCUCUCUUCAAAGCUACUAACAGAAGAGGCUACAUUGAAAAUGUCAAUAUUAUAAUACCAGAAAAUUGGACAUCGAUUAGUUCUACGAAAGUUACUAAUCAAAUACCUGUAGAAAGCAUUAUUGUGACUGAAAAACCCAAUGCUCAAUACGGACAUAAUCCAUACGUGCUAAAUUUGGAAGAAUGCGGUGAACCUGGUGAAUACAUACACUUUACUCGCAAAUUCCUAGUAGGAGAUAAAAGUACCUUUGGAAAACCACAAGCGUUUAUGCUUCAUUUAUUUGGUCAUCUUUUAUAUGGUCUUCGAGAUGAAUUCGGAAAUGCUUUCGAUCAAUCAGAGGCAUAUUAUGUUAAUGCUGGAAACAAAGUUGAGGCAAUCAGAUGUAGCAAGAGUAUUCUAGUUGAAACGAUUGAUAGUAAAGGCAAAGAGUGUCAAGUGACAGAUAAAUGUCUAAAAGUUCCAGAAAACUGCAAACUUAAGAUAAAGGCAGAUGAUUCGGCAAGCGCGAUGUAUUAUCCAUUUAGUGGGGCUACGAAAUUUUGUGAUGAUUCUGAAGACAUUCCAGAAAAUGAAAGACAUAAUUCAGAUGCUCCAACACCUCAAAACUAUUUCUGUGAUGGAAAAAGUGCUUGGGAGGUUUUGAGGGAAUCGGAUGAUUUUAGAAACGGCAACAAUCCACCAAUUGCUCAACAAGGAAAUAUCAAUUUGAGGCCAAAUUUCCAUUUUUACCGAGAAACUUCAGACACCCUAAAUAUUGUACUGGUUCUUGAUGUUUCAGGCAGUAUGGAUAAAAUACCAGAUGGGGGCGUAAAUCCCCUACGACAGAUUGUAUAUUCAGCCUGCAUCGAGUACAUAACUGAUUAUGUCGUUCCUGGUGAUCGCAUUGGUAUUGUACGAUUUAAUAAUCGCCACAGAGUCUUACAGAGUUUAAUAACUGUAACAAGUGCGAAUAAACCAGGAAUCCUAGAGAAGGUUCCUAAUUAUGCCUCUGGUGGAACUUCCAUCAUGUAUGGAGUAAAAGGCGGAGUAGAGACUUUACGUGAUGCUGCUCGGGGAGGUAUUUUAAUACUCAUGACAGAUGGAGAAUCCGACGAUGACGACUUACAACGAGCGAAAGAAAUUGCCUACGAUUCAGGCGUCACUGUUUACAGCAUCAUGUUAACAAGACAUGCAACUCCUUUUCUAAAGGCUAUAGCAGAUGCAACAGGUGGACAAACGUUUUUUACAACUGCACAAACAGUAUCCAAUAAUGAACAAUCAGUUUCCGAAGUUUUACGUAGCAUUGGAAAUAUUCAAGAAGGUCUUCGCUCAAGAAAAAAUUCAAAUAGUCAGAAAGAUAUAGCAACACAAGUUGCAAAGAACGUUGUACAUAUCUUACCUAAUCAGAAGCAGACAACCCAAUUUUGGAUUGAUGAGUAUUCUGUCAGCUUCUCCCUUAUUAUAGCUACGCUGGUUGAUCCUAAUAAUAUUCAAAUUGAGCUAAAAUCGCCGAAUGGAGAUCAAAUCAAUAUCAAAAACUUUACCAAAAUUGACUCCAUAGCUAAUACUAUAAAGAUAACAGUUUCAGCUACUGAAGGAAAAUGGACAUACACCGUGUCAAGUCAAUCCGGAAGUGUUGAAACUAGAAUAAACGUUGAUAUAAUAUCCUACACUAAUAGUCAAAGUUCUCAAAUUUCCUUCUCAGGAAAAUUUAAAACCACUUCCUUCGACUUUAGCAGAAAUACCGAAGCUGUAAAGAUCGAAUCAAAGUUAUUGGUUGGAGAUUAUGCAAUAGAAAACGCUAAAGUUGUAGCACAAGUAUUCUUCACCGGUAUUCUUGUUGAAGAAAUUCAAUUGAAUGAUAAAGGUAUUGGUGCCGACGUGUUUGCUAAUGAUGGAAUAUAUUCUGGAUUCUUUUCCAAUAUUACCGGCAAUGGAAGAUAUACUGCAAGAUAUAUCGCCGUUAAUUAUGAAUCAAAGGCCUUCUUCUCUACAUCAGAAAAAUCAGAUGGAAUAAGUGACCAAUCUGAUGGCUGCUCCCCGCCAUCGUCAAAGAUAACAUUUUUAAAACCAUUUGAAAGGAUAACAGCUGGAAAUUUUCUGGAUGUUGUAAACUUUACAAGUGAAGUAGACUAUUUUCCACCAAGUAAAGUUAAAGAUCUAAAAUUUACUGGUGUAAAUUGGGACAAGGAUCUCAUAUUAUUCGAAUGGACAGCUGUAGGUGACGACUGGAAUUUUGGAUUGGCAAGAAAAUAUGAUUUCCGAAAAUCAUCAACGUCAAAGUCUCUAAGAAAGUCGUUUAAUUCGACGAUGGUAAUUGAAGGUAUAGAGACAUUCGUACCGAAGGAAUCAGGCGAAAAAGAGAAAUUUGAAAUGAAAAUGAUAGAGAAAUGCUCAGACAAUUUUUUCGUUGGACUCACAGUUAUUGAUGAUGUUGGUCAUACAAGUAAACUGUCAAACGUAAUAUCAGUUUCUUAUAAAAGACCAAAAUGUGGUAAUUAUGGUAAUACUAUUAACGUUGAAGUAGCACCUUUGGUUAUCAUACUACUAUCUUAUUCCUUACUAUAUUACAACAUAUAACACUUCUUCCCUGCUCUAAUAUUUUUUUACUAUUAAACUAAGAGAACUAACGAUAAAGCACUUGUAGGAAAAGUACAAUAUUAAAAACUAAAGAAAAUUUAUGUCUAAUGUCAAAUACUUUAAAGCAAUACAAUUGAUAUUUUCUUUGCCUAA